AUGCGACCUCUACAGCGCCUCGUGGCGGGAAGUCUGGACGGGGUUGGUGACCGCGCAUUGAUCAACAAUGACUUCUGCGAGGCUUGUCAGAGCGGUGGCCGGCUUCUGCUGUGUGAGCGUUGUCCCAGGGCCUUCCAUGUGCAGUGUAUCGAAAGGCUGGUGGACUUCGAAUCGGUGAAGCCAGCAGAAAGCUGGUGCUGCCCUGUUUGUUUGUAUGGCGAGAGCAUCUUGCGGGGCAAAGGUGUGGAGCAGAUGCCUGAAGAGGAGAUGAGGGCACGAAUGGCGGAGUCACUGAGAGACAGCAAGAGGAGCCGCGCCGCGUCGAUCCGGCAGCGGGACGUCUUCCUGCUGCAACACUGGGGCGAACUGGUCCCCUUCGCCUCCAGGCCGGCCUUGACGCGCAUGCGUAAGGCCCGCGAGGGCCGAAAGCCCCUGGAGGUGGGCACCAUCGUCCAGGUCGACACUGGUCGCACCUUCUACGACGCCAUCGUGCUCUCGCAAACGUCGCCUGCGGUCUACCUGGUAGCCGACCUGGUCACCAAGACGCAGGAGCUCCGGGAGGAGAAGUGGCUUUUGGCCUAUCUCCCUGGGCAGCGUGGAGGCGACGUGCCGGACUUCCUGAGCUUCGCGCGGCGACCGAUUGUCAGCGAGACCACCACGCUCAAGGAAUACCAGCAAGUUGGGGUGAACUGGUUGAUCCAGAGCUUUUUCAAUCGAUGUGGAGGAAUUCUGGCGGAUGAUAUGGGCUUGGGGAAGACCCUUCAGACGCUGGCAUUUCUCAGUUACCUGCAGGCCUCGGGGUUUUCACGAGGCCCUGCCCUUGUGGUGGUUCCCUUGAGCUGCGCGGGGAAUUGGGCCCGAGAGGACUUUCUCUUUGCUGCGAAUCAGAAGGCAUGUUGGCGUGCAGGUGAUUGUCAAUCGACCUUGAGACUGGAUGAGCAUCACCGGGAAAGACAGCCAAGGGUUUUGCACCUUUUUUUUCUGCGCGUGAUAUGA